AUGGCGCCGACGCAACAACAGUGCUUCGUCGAAGAUGUCAUCGAACCCAUCCGAAUCUGCAGCGUGACGCGCUCACCAGCGAAGGAGGGUGAUGACGAUGAGAAUGGAAAUGAGGGGGCUGCCAAAGUCAAGCGCCAGCAGCAUGCCAUCACGAACUUUGACGAGUUGAGUAAUCACCUAGAAGACAUACAGCACCAAAAUGGAGAGCACGUCCAUCGCUUCAUCUCAAUCUGCCAGCGCAACUCAUGGAGGCCACUACAAAUCACCCUCCCCAUGUUCGAGCUCAUCAUGGAGAAACUCAGCUUGAACAACUCGCUACGAGAUAUCGUCUCGUGCUUCUAUACGCGAAACAUGAACGUGGAAGAGGUCUUUUGUAUGCCGUAUACCGAGCGGCGAAAGGGAUCCGUGGCUGAAGCAUCAUACACGAUCCGAUACCCAGAGUAUAAAUCCGAAGAGGAUACGUGGGUAAUUCGUCAGACGGGUGUAUACCACCGCUGCGACGCGGCCUCUCGUCAGAGUCUCUUCAUCAUGAUCAACCCGACGCCGAAUUCACAAGCCAGCAGCCGAGCCAUGGAAUGGCUAUCCAGCAGUGUCGCAGCAGAUCCCGAGACCGAGACGGACGAUCCCGUCUGGCUGCAUAAACUCGUCUUCGAGACGUAUCUGCCCGCAUGGAGGUUCUACAUCGCCUCAAUGGAGCGGCAAUUUCUACCGUUGUCGUAUAAAACACUCAUCAACUUCAUCGACGAACCCUCCACAAUGAAACCAAGCCAUCUCACGAAACUAGCCAGCCUCGCGAACCGGUUCCAAACAAUCUCGUCGACUCUAGAAUCGUCAGAGGAGACGCUAACGGAGCUAUCUGCCCUCUGCACCCACCGGUUGCUGCCAAAAGGGUUGGCGAUGAACGCAGACAACGAAGUACUACAAGAAUCAGCAUCAGAAUUCGAAAACUUUCGCCGUCAAUGCAGAGCCUUUUCGCGAACGGCGACGGAUCUGCACCACCGCGCGCAAACGACGUCGCAGCUGCUGGCCAACACGCUCUCCUUCCGGGAACAGCUCGAUUCCAGGAAGCAAAAUGAGAAUAUGCUAAGGUUGAAUAAGUCGGUGGUGUUUAUUACUACGCUGACGCUGCUUUACUUGCCGCCUUCGUUUAUAGCUACGUUCUUUGGGAUGAACUUUUUUAAUAUGGACUCUGUGACUGGCAAGAUUGUGGGCAGUCCAAUGAUUUGGAUAUAUGCGCUCUGCUCUAUACUACUCACAACGGCGACCUUUGCGACGUAUUACACGAUGCGUGAGGGAAGCUACCUCAACGCCAAGGUAUCGGAGAUGAGAGAUCUGAAUUGGCGCAAGGUGUUACAUCGCAACCAACACGACGACAAGGAUGUCGAGUUGAAUAGCCUAGAAGUUUAAUCAGGUGGGAGGUCCGGGGCCUGCGGAUGUAGCGUGUCUGCCAGGGAGGUUGAUCUUGAAGACGGCGUGCCGACUGGGUCCGACAAGGGCGGUAACGAGGAUGUGCCGGUUCCCGCUAUCGCCGACGAUGGUGCCGGUGAACUCGUCGUUUUCCGAUAGACUGGGUAGCUGAGCCAAUUCGCGAACAGUCACCGAUUGUCUCGUCUCGGGGAUUAUGAUCUCAAGCAGACGAAUCCGACCACCAUCUCGUUUGGUUCCUAGUGCGAAAGUGGUAUCGUCGUUCUGGUCGACCAUGACUCUGUGGAGGCGGUACUCUUCGAUGUUUCUGGGGUAUCGGGAUCGCCUCGUCGGUGAGCCAGAUGGGUUCGCGAGCAGAUCAACGAUAAAGAGACGGGUUUCUCGGGACACGAUUAUGCAAGCUGCUUGUUG